UUAGUUCCGGUGCAGCUAUUGUCUGGUUUCCGUUGUUUCCUUCGCUCUCAGAGACGCAGCAGAGCCCCGAAUACAGUAGUAGCUGCACACCGUUUACCGGUGACUCUUCACGCGUUGGUUUCUUCUUUAAUCCGCCAAAACGUCGUACGCAAUGAGAGGAGAUCGGGGAAGGGGCCGUGGUGGCCGGUUUGGCUCCCGUGGGGGUCUGGUACAAGGGUACCGUCCCUUUGUCCCACACAUACCAUUUGACUUUUAUGUUUGUGAGAUGGCCUUUCCAAGGGUGAAGCCAGCUCCUGAUGAGACUUCAUUUAGUGAAGCUCUGCUGAAGCGAAACCAAGACCUGAGUCCUACCUCUGCUGAGCAGUCUUCCAUUUUGUCCUUAGUGACGAAGAUCAAUAAUAUUAUUGACAAUUUAAUUGUCGCCCCUGGGAACUUUGAAGUGCAAAUCGAAGAGGUACGGCAAGUGGGCUCAUACAAAAAAGGCACCAUGACGACAGGACACAAUGUAGCUGACCUUGUUGUUAUCCUUAAGAUUCUUCCAACUUUGGAGGCGGUCGCUGCGUUAGGAAACAAAGUAGUGGAGACUCUGCGUACCCAAGACCCAGCUGAAGUGCUGUCAAUGCUGACCAAUGAGACUGGCUUUGAGAUCAGCUCAGCUGACGCUACAGUGAAGAUCCUCAUCACUACUAUCCCUCCCAAUCUACGCAAACUUGACCCUGAACUCCACCUGGACAUCAAGGUGUUGCAGAGUGCCCUGGCUGCCAUUCGCCAUGCUCGCUGGUUUGAGGAGAACGCCUCACACUCAACGGUGAAGGUUUUGAUCCGCUUGUUGAAGGAUCUGCGGGUGCGCUUUCCUGGCUUUGAACCUCUCACACCCUGGAUUUUGGACCUUCUGGGGCACUCAGCUGUUAUGAAUAACCCCUCCAGACAACCUCUUUCCCUUAACCUUGCCUACAGACGCUGUCUCCAGAUGCUAGCAGCAGGGCUUUUUCUGCCGGGAUCUGUAGGCAUCACCGAUCCAUGUGAGAGCGGGAACUUUCGCAUACACACUGUAAUGACCCUGGAGCAACAGGAUAUGGUGUGUUUUACAGCUCAGACACUGGUAAGGGUUCUUUCCCAUGGUGGCUACAGGAAGAUAUUAGGACUUGAGGGAGAUGCCAGUUACCUGGCUGUGGAAAUGUCUACGUGGGAUGGUGUGAUUGUCACUCCAUCUGAGAAAGCCUAUGAGAAGCCUCCAGAGCGUAAAGAAGAAGAAGAGGAGGCGUUGGAAGAGGGAGGAGAAGGAGAGGAUGAAAGCAUGGAGACGCAGGAGUGACUCUCACUGACCGUACAAUAAGUCCUAUCUUCUCAUUGUUUGCCCUUCAUCCCCCCUUGUUUUUGCAAGGAAUCCUGCUUUGCUUUUUUCCACUUGUUGCUUAAACCAACGAAGGAGGGGAGCUGAGUUGUCCACUUUUAUGUUCUGUUGUAUUUUUUUAUUUUGUAUCCAUCAUUGAUAAAUUAAAGUUUUUAUCUGUUUAA